GGCAGAAGGAAAAGAAGGCGAGUGAGAAGAACAAAAAAAAAAGCCAAAAAGGCUCAGCUCUUGCUCUGCAGCACAAAUAAAAUUUCUUCGCUGCUUGUAACCCGAAGAACCUUUUUUUUCUUCUUCCUUUCAACAUUAAAAAACAGGAUAAAAUUUUCAAAAAAAUGGGAAAUUAACUACAAAAAGAACUUUAAUUAAACAAAUUUCCAUCAAACAUAAUCCCAACAGUGACAAGAAAGUGACAAAUUAAAGCAAAGAAAUCCAGUUUUAGUUCUUUUUUCUCUUCUCAAUUUUUUUCUUUUUUUUUGUAUAUAGAGAGCUCUAGUGUGUGUUUGAAAAGCAAAAGUGUUUUUUUCUUGCAAUUUCCUUGUCGUCGUCGUCCAAUUCCGAUACAUACCUUGCAGCUUAAAUUAAAAAAAAAGUUACUUCUGAAUUCCCUUAAUAUUUUAUUUAUAUUUAUUUGUUACAACUUUUUUUAUAUUGUUUAUGACGAAAAAUAAUUAAAUGAAAAGCUGAAGUGCAUCAAGAAAAUAAUUCCCAAAAGGAAAAAAAGAAAGAAAAAAAGGAGGAGAGGAAUCCUACGAUUUCGAUUUUCUUCUGUGGAAAUUGAAAAAAAAAAAAAAAGUUUACAGGUUCUUCGGGGUUCAUCAAAAAAAAAAGGAGAAAUUUGAUCGGGAAUUUUUUUGCCUUCAAUUUUUGUAUAUUUUUUCAUUAAAAAUUAUUCCGAAAGAAAGUAAAAUUUUAUCCAGAAAAAAAAGAAAAUUCAAUAUUCAUCUACUAGUUUUGGGAAUGAGAAGAAAAUCUGCGUGUCUCGUCGUGUAUAUUUUUUUUAUAUGUUGAGUGAAAAAGGGAGUGUAUAGUAUAGUUUUUUUUUUUUUUCUUUGAGUGUUGGUUGGUUGGGUCUUGUGCAAAAGUCAAAGGCAACAACAAACAAAAAAAAAGCAACAAAAAAGAAUAGUGGAAGGAAAUAUAUUAUUAUAAAAUUUUGCUUUUGCAUUAUUGUUGUUAAUAAAAAUUGUAGUUGUAAAAAAAACUCGGUAGUUUUGUAUUUUUAAUUUAUUUUUGUUCUACCGAAAAAAAAUCCUAUUUGAAAGAACUUUGGUUGCGGCUGAUGUCUUUAUGCUUUAAACAUGGUGAAACUGGUCGUGCUACGCUUCAAUAUUAGGAUAUUUGUGAUUACAAAUCAUGACAGAAGGACAUGAAAGCGACUUCUUAGUUAAAGUUCGAGCACAGGUAAUGACUAGAGACGAGAGUACAGAGGGUUGGUUACCACUUGCUGGGGGUGGUUUAGCUAACGUUUCAAUACGCAAACGUACUAGACUAUCCCCCGGCGCAGGUGGACAUGAAUACAUAAUCUAUGGACAAAGAAUUUCGGAUCAGAAUGUUAUCCUAAGCUGUGUUAUAAAUCGUGAUUUAAAAUAUUUCAAAGUUAUGCCAACUUUUCAUCAUUGGCGUGCAGGCAAACAACGUAAUGGUUUAACAUUUCAAACAGCUGCCGAUGCGAGAGCUUUUGAUAAAGGAAUCGUUCGAGCUUACAAUGAAUUGAUUGACGGAUUGGCUAAAUCAAAUCCAUCUAUUAUAUGGCCUCCUUUAACCAAAUACGACUCAGUUGGCGAAGAUGAUGUAUUUAUGACGUUGGAUUUACCUAUUGACACCGAAACACAAACCAGUCCAGAAGGUAGCGAAAAGAGUCAUGUUUCUCCCACAGGGAGCAGUGAACGAGAUAAAGACAGUGAAAAGGAAAAAGGCAGCAUUCAGUACAUAUCCAGUGAUAAGCUACCACCAUCUCCUCUACCAAAUCCAAAUGCAGAGCAGCCAUCGAUAGCACCAAGUGAAAACUAUUCCUACGUCACUUUAACCGCAGUUCAUGAUUACAAUUAUCCAGUUGUAGAUCAACCAGCUGCGGCACAAGUGUUAAAUGCACGCCGUGAAUCUAUCUGCAAUUUAAAGAAACGCACCGCACUUGAUGGUUCGCCUGAUGGGACAACCGAUUCAGGAGGCUUUAAAGUACCAGUGAUGGGCAAUAAUAAUAGGGUGCGAUGUCGAUAUUGUCAUGAAUUGUAUUUGGACGAAUGUAACCGAAAGGGUGCAUGCGAAUUUGCCCCCGACAAUUUUAGAACGGGUUUUGAAUGUAUUUCGGGUAUGGGUUGUGCGCGUUGUAUGUUGUAUCAUUGCAUGAGCGAUGCUGAAGGAGAAACACCAUCGCAUCCAUGUGAAUGUGUGAAUGAAACGGGUUGCACGAAGAGAUGGAUUGGCCUAACACUACUUUCCUUGGUUGUACCAUGUCUGUGGUGCUAUCCACCACUACGAGCUUGCCACUGGGUUGGCGUAUCCUGCGGCGUAUGUGGUGGAAAGCAUAAGCCGCAGGUCUGACAUUUGGAGGCUAGAUUACAGCAGUUCGAUAACUUUUACUAUACAAACUAUCCGCAAGAAGACCAUUACAUCAACAAACAACAACAACAAAAACUACAAAAACAAUUAAAACAUCAGCAGCAACAACAACCACAAUAUCAACCAACAUCGGUUCGAGCGCAACUAAAUGAUUAUGGCAGACUUGUGUUUUAAAAAAAGUUUUAAAAAUGUUUAAAAAAAAUAAAAUCCAUAAAAUCCAAUACUAAACAAUUUCACCGAAUACGAACAAAAAAAAAACAACAUUUUCAAACGAAAUAGGAACAAAAUUGCAAAUAAAAAAAAAUUAAAUUAAAAUUUUAACUCUUUCUGCUGAACAAAUCAAUACCAAAUGAGAAUGAAGUACAAUACUAUAAAAGAAAAAAAAUGUUUUUUUUUUUAAAUUAACUUUUAGUUUUAUAUAUAAACAACUUUCUCUUCUUCUCUCUUUAAAAGUAGAGUAGAUACAAUUUUUUUUAUGUAUUAUAUUAUUUUUCGAAUUAUUUUUUGUUCUUAUUUUUUUACAUACAAAAAUUAUAUUUGUACGCAUAGUAAGUAACACAAAAAGUUUAUGACACAAAUUGCAACAAAAUCAACACAUUGCACAAGUACUUUUUCUAUAUUAUUUCCAUGCAUUUUAUUUAAAUAUAAUUUAUACUAAGUUUUUUUUUAUUUAUUGCAUAAAUUAUUAUAUAAAAAUGAAUAAAAUAUUUCUUAAAAAUA